AUGAACAUCUUCCAAGGAGCCAGUGGAAAUGUGCUAAGGCUAACUAGUGUAAUACCUGAGCACAGAAAUUCUAAAAUAUUUUUUGACAACUGGUUCUGUAGUUUAGAUUUGCAUAUGAAACUGGCAGAAAGAGGCAUCUACUGCCUAGGCACUGUUUGUUCCAAUCGUCUAAACGGAUGUCUGUUCGACUCUGACAAGAAAAUGAAGAGAUCUGGAAGAGGGGCAAUAGAUGAAAGACAGUGUUCCAUGGGAAAUAUGCAGUAUUCCGCUGUAAAGUGGCAUGACAACAGAUUUGUGACAUUACUCAGAAAUUUUGUGGGAGCAAAUCCAAAUACUGAAGUAGAAAGAUUUGACAAGAAGUUGAAGAAGUCAGUCAAAGUGGCUUGCCCCAGGGCAGUAGUGGAGUAUAAUCAGUUCAUGGGAGGUGUAGAUCUUGUAGAUUCAGUUGUAGCAUUGUAUAGGAUCCAGAUAUAUUCCAAAAAAUGGUAUCACAGAAUAUUUUUUCAUAUUCUAAACCUGGUGGUAGUGAAUGCUUGGUUUCUUUACACAAGAGAUGCACUAUCAAGUGGAAUGCACUGGAAAAGCAUGCUCACUUUAGCGGUGUUCAGGAAGGCCAUAGUUAGAGGUUUGUUGUUCCAGGGGAAAAGUGAGGCAAGAAAGCAAGGAAGACCUAGAAGUAAUUCCACUGAGAGAUCCUACACGAAGAAGAAGAAGAAGAAGAAGAAGAAAACGAUAUGCAGCUACAUGGCAUAG